AGCAACGGGGGCGGUCCUGGGCUGCACCUGGAUGUUAACCUUCCCUCUCUGCAGCCAGGAGGAUAAUGAAGAUCAGAGCCACCUUCACGGUCAUAAAACGUCACCAGAUCUUACUUCCAGCCAAGCGGCAGUGCCAUCUCCUCGGCUCUUUCACCGCCGUUCUCAGGCCCCGCCCCUUUUACGCUAGCAGCGAAACUGCGGAAACUGGAUUACAGCUACCGAGUCGAUUGAGUUGCUCUGGGAGACGUAGUACGCAGGCGCGAGCGGUUUCGGGCUGGGAGCGCGCGGUGCUCUGUGGAAGCGGGAGUGAGUGCCGGGGCGCGAGACCCGGCAGCGGGCGGUUAACUGAGGUAGCGACCCAGCGCCUCUUCUUCUGGCAUGGCAGCGCUGCGCUAUGCGGGCCUGGACGACACGGACAGCGAGGACGAGCUGCCCCUGGGCUGGGAGCAGAGAACCACCAAGGACGGCUGGGUUUACUAUGCCAAUCACACUGAGGAGAAGACUCAAUGGGAACAUCCGAAAACUGGAAAAAGAAAACGAAUAGCAGGAGAUUUGCCCUACGGAUGGGAGCAAGAAACUGAUGAGAACGGACAAGUGUAUUUUGUCGACCACAUAAAUAAGAGAACUACCUACUUGGACCCAAGAUUGGCAUUUACUGUGGAUGAUAACCCUACAAAGCCAACCAACAGACAGAGAUACGAUGGUAGUACCACAGCCAUGGAAAUACUCCAGGGCCGGGAUUUCACUGGCAAAGUAGUCAUGGUUACUGGAGCUAAUUCAGGAAUAGGCUUUGAAACUGCCAAGUCUUUUGCCCUCCAUGGUGCUCACGUGAUUCUGGCCUGUAGGAACUUGACAAGAGCCAAUGAAGCCGUGUCACGCAUUUUAGGAGAAUGGCAUAAAGCCAAGGUGGAAGCAAUGACCCUGGACCUUGCUCUGCUCCGUAGCGUGCAGCAUUUUGCUCAAGCGUUCAAGGCCAAGAAUGUGUCUCUGCAUGUACUCGUGUGCAAUGCAGCGGCUUUUGCUCUGCCCUGGAGCCUCACAAAAGAUGGCCUGGAGACCACCUUCCAGGUGAAUCACCUGGGGCACUUCUACCUUGUCCAGCUCCUUCAGGAUGUCCUGUGCCACUCAGCCCCAGCCCGAGUCAUUGUGGUGUCCUCGGAGUCCCACAGAUUUACAGAUAUUAAUGAUGCCUCAGGAAAACUAGACUUCAACCGCCUCUCUCCAUCUAAAAAUGAUUACUGGGCCAUGCUGGCUUACAACCGCUCCAAACUCUGCAACAUUCUCUUCUCCAACGAGCUCCAUCGCCGCCUGUCCCCGCGAGGGGUCACGUCGAAUGCCGUGCAUCCUGGAAACAUGAUGUACUCCUCCCUCCACCGCAACUGGUGGGUGUACACGCUGCUGUUUACCUUGGCCAGGCCCUUCACCAAGUCCAUGCAACAAGGAGCUGCCACCACCGUCUACUGUGCUGCUGCUCCCGAGCUGGAGGGCCUGGGAGGGAUGUAUUUCAACAACUGCUGCCGCUGCCUGCCCUCCGAGGAAGCCCAGAGCGAGGAGACGGCCCGGGCCCUGUGGGCGCUCAGCGAGAGGCUGAUCCAGGAAGCGCUCGGGGAAGGCCAGGCCGGCUGAACGGGAGCCCAGGCAGACCUGGGCAUGCACCGCCCCCCUUCCCCUACCCCCCCAUGUGCGUGCCCUGCGCCACUGCCAAUGCAGGACGCCUUCCAACUUACUCUCCCAGGUGCCUUUCCAUGUCCCUCCCACACAGGUCCGCCAGAGUAAAGGGAAUAAGAGUAGUCACUGCAGAUGGGAAAACAUUAAGUACCAAUGGGAAGCAGGGAAUUGAUUCCAGGGUGCUCCUGGGCUGGCUUAGGCUUGGGUCCCUUUGCUUUCCUGGUGGUGGCCUGUGUGAAAGGGAAUGAUCCGUUGGUAUGUGAGGUCCUUGUCUCCUUGUAGAAGCCCAAGCAAUUCCCUCUCGUUGUCUAGAGUAGCCUGGCGCCCUCUGUCCCCCACUGCCCCCGCCCCGCCCCAACAGCCACCGCCACAGCUACAGCCACCACGGCCACACUGCAGCCAGGAGCUUCCUCCUGUUUAGGAAAGAAAAGUGAGGGUUUAUCCUUCUUUGCUGCAUUGAUCCAAGAGAUCAUUGUUUUGUUCAUUCCGACCAAGUCUCAGUGGGCUUGGCAACUCCGGGGGAGGGACUGCUGAACCUUGUCCCCAUCAGCAAAGAUGGAGGUGACACUGUGAUGCUGAGAAAUCGGUGGGAUAGACAGAGGAAGGUACUAGUCCUUUGACUCCCUUGCCAAACUAUACAAAAAAUUCUUUAGAGAUUACAGCAAACAAAUUUUGCCAAGAAACCCCUCGAUACCUUGACCGACAGGUAAGGAAGGAAGCAUUGUGUCCAUGAGAAUGUAUAGGAUCAUUCUGGGGUAGGGGUGAAAAGUCAGUCCCUUCAUUCUUCAUUCACAAUUGCAAGAAGCAUCCUGAUGGUGGAGGGUCGCAGCUUCUUAGUGCGCCUGCCUUAGCCAGCGUCCUGCUGAAAAUUCCUGUCACCCCUCCCUUCCUAUGCUUAAUAAAAGAACAUGCUCAAAUAGUAUCACCUGGAGUUUGUCAUCUUUCUUUAAAUGUUUCAGUUCCAGUUUGGGGGUGUUUUUUGUUGUUGCUGUUUUUUUGUUUUUGUUUUUUUUUUUAGAAAAGAAAUCUAGAGGAAAAAUAAAGCGCUUCUUGUCAAUGCCAGGAAAACACCAUUCUUGCUUCUUCUCUGAGUUUGUUUUGUUUUUGUGCUUUGUGGCUGUCUGUGG